AUGAACACACUACUGGAAGAUGCACGUCUCCUUGAAGCAGGCGCGGCUGCAGAGGUACGUGUGCUUCCAGCCCUCCUUGAUCGUCCAGGGGCAGAGCUUCUUCUCGCACAUCGCGCACGUGAAGUUCGCGAAAUCAAAGAUGUUGCACACGACCUCCAUGGGCAGGUCGCACUGCGGCGGCUCGCCGUCGCCGGUGCACCGAAUGUCGUCGUAGAGGCUGUACUGCGAGCGCGGCCGCGGCGCGGUCGGGGCGGACGCGGCCGCGGUGGACAUUUUCUGGGCGUUUGCGGUUCUUGACCUCUUAAAGAGCUCUUGACUAUUUUAUAACAGUGCUCUGAAACGUUGGAGCGCGCUCGUUGUCCUGAGUCUGAACUAGAGGUCAGUGAAAUGCGCAGAGGCUGUGUUUUGGAGCUAUGCUGCGUCGUACGCCAAUUUUAAACAGGGUACGCUGCAGUUUAAUGAAUUAGGUACUCGUUCGAAGCCUGUCGCAGCUUACGAACGUCUACGACUCGAUUUUGUGCUGCUGCGAAUAUGUCC